AUGCAGACCACGCUGGAGAAGUUCGACACUCCGAUGUACCGGAUGUUGUUAAACUCUGGGAUUGGGCUCGAUGCGGUCUUCACCGCCUGGAUCAAUGCUGCUCUGGUAAACAAGGUCGACUCGGUGCUCGCCGUCUCCGGCGUAUUUUGCUCCGCGAUUGCUAUGUGGAGCUUGCCCGUCGUGAGCUCCGCCUCAAUUGUCACUGCAUCAUCAGGAGAACGGAAUGAAGAAAAGUCGUUGUUCACGCCCGACUUUUUCUUCCUGCACGCCGACGAAAUCUGCGGCUGGUCGGAUACCCUGGGGGGCAACUAUGUCAUCUCCCUGAAAAAGGAAUUCUGCAUCGGACGAUCUGCAAAACCUGAAUACACAAACAUCACCGAGUGCUUCAAAGAGGGCGGGAAACCACUGAACGAGCGCUAUACCGAGCUGGCCAAAAAUGCUUCAUGCAGUGAUACAGAGAUUCUGUAUCGUGACUACAUCAACACUGCGGCACUUAGCUGCCAAGAGUCAGCAAAAACGGCGAAAGUUGCGGCGCGUGGAGUUAUGAUUGAGUUGCUAGUCCGCAUGGUUGUGGCUACUAAUGACGCUGAGGGACAGUGCUACGUGGACUCCGCCCAAACAUCGCCUGUAACUCCCACGACCGGCACGCUGGCCCCGCACGACGAUGUCACUAUUCCAUUUGAUGCGCACUUCGCGUUUCUCACUACGGAACCGCUGUGCAGUCUCAACAAUACCGCCGCUACCGAAAGUCUGGCUAUCCUACAGAACGGUCUUUGCGACGGCAAACAAUUGAAGAUAGAGUUCGAGCUGAUAACGGAAUGUUUCCUGUAUGGCGAACGUUUGUUUGGAGGUGCGAUGGAGGAACAGCUUGUCCAGAUGCCGUGCAGAACCGCUGUUCAACAUUACAACGUUUACAUCAAUGCCGUCGCUGGAAUGUGUUCUUACCCGGAAAAGGCCCGUAUUUCCGCAGGGCAUGGCUUGUACAUACAGGCAAAAUACUGGACGGCUAGGCGCAGGGGCACCGAGUUGGAGAGUUGCUAUCAGAGGCUGGCCAACGACGUCGCCAAGCUGAGGAUGAAGUCGCUCUCGAUCCUCGUGCUGCUCCUUGGAGGCGGUUUCGCUCAAUUUUCGCCACCUUCAGCAUCGUCAUACUUGGACGGCACUUUCCCUUUCUGGGCAGAUAAAACCCUCGAGAUCGCUGUGAAUUUGGUUUGCCGUGAUAGAGGUGAUGCUCAUCCGGAAGCUUAUGCGGCGGCAAAACAGGAGCUGUGUGACGACGGUGCUGCCCUCAAACCCGAAUACUCACAGCUCUCCAUGUGCUUCGAGAAGAACAAUUUGGUGGCUGCUGCUUUGAAUCCCGUUAAAUGCAGGGCCGCGCCCUACGUCUACAAAAGCUACUUCGAUUACUUCACGAAAAAUUGCUCGGAUUCCGUCGGAGCCGCGCGUAAAGUAGCCCGAGCCGCCAUCGUCUGGGCGACCCUUCGAUCAACCGUCCGUCCGGAGCCAUAUUCUGACGGCGGCCUUCCAGGGAUGGCCGCGGCGAAAGGGGACCUAUGUCUCGGGCUGCAGCCGAAACCAGAAUAUUCCGAAUUGGCUUCAUGCUUUGAGGUUAACGAUGUGGUGGCCGAGUUCUUGAAUCCCGUGGAUUGCAGAGUGGCCCCCUACGUUUAUCAAAGCUACUUUGCUCACUUCACGAAAAAUUGCACGGACCCCGCCGGAGCCCAGCAUGCGCUUCCGUACGGAUCUUCGCCCUCUGCGCAACCAGAUGCUGACUUAGAAGAGGCGGCAGCAAUUUGUCGCAUGACCGUCCCAAAAUGGAUUUUUCGACCAUAUGACGAGCAUUUCUCUCUCCAGACCGCCUUGCAGCGUUAUCGAAACGAAACGGAUCCGCAAGUACGAGCCGAGAAGACGCGAGGGCUGGCCAAUCUGCUGGAACAGCAUUUUGCCGAUUUAUUUGCGUGCGCUAGCACGAACGCGCGGACAAUAAGCGACAACUGCCCAGAGGAAGCUGGCCAUAUUAUCCAUGGAUCACCCGAUUGCCCUGAGAUCCCGAUGCUAAAAUGCGAACUGGCCUUGUUCGGCGAUAAGUGCGGUGGCAAACGUGCAAUCUUUGAUCUUGUUCGAUUUGGAGUCCUGAUGGACAAACCGCGUCGGAUUCAACUUUAUGGGGAGCAGUCAUACACCCCACCGUGCUACCACGAAACCAUGGAUCCCGUCUAUGAGGCGAUUUUCCUGAAUGCUCCUGAUGACGUCGUGGACAUUUUUGCCGCU